AUGUACGCCAGGCUGCAAGUUUGCGGAAAACGUGAACAAGAGUCACUAGCGGUGGAAAGCGACUCUUUCGCAUCUUCUAACCGCCUAUUCGUCGUUGAUCUAACCACGAAUACACAAUACCUCGUGGAUUCUGGUUCAGAUCUCUCUGUUUAUCCAUACGUGCGUGUGAAAUGCAAGCCUACACCAGUAGGAUACCAACUUUAUGCGGCAAACGACUCGCUGAUUGGAACAUACGGGUGCAUUACUCUGUCACUAAACCUCGGUUUACGUCAAGAAUUUGCGUGGAGAUUUAUCAUCGCUGACGUCACGAAACCAAUAAUUGGUGCCGAUUUUCUAAGUCAUUUUAACUUGUUAAUCGACCUCAAUCACAAACAAUUACGUGACGACUCCACUGCUCUCCAAACACGCAUGAAUUCAAUAUGCUCGGAUGCAAAAUGCAUCAAAUUAAUUGAAGGUAAUACAGUUUACCAUCAACUGUUAUCAAACAACCCGGCCAUAACUUCAGCCAAGAAGCAUUCUACAUGGCAUCAUAUCAAAACGACACCUGGACCUCCAGUAUCGUGCAAAGCGUGA